ACCUUUUUCCGUGCGGCGACGAUUGGGAGCGCCGCCGCCCUUCGCCAGCGACCAACACCCACCAGACCCAUAAUAAUGCAGUGGGAUGAAAGGGGAAAACUACCUGCAGAAAACCACAGGCUUUCGAGAAAGUUCCUGUGCUUGUUGUCCAUAUUAGCUUUGAGAUGGUCAAGGAAGUCACUGAAGCUGCUCUCUUUGUACUUUGGGGGAUUUUCUUCAUCCACUAGCUCCUUGGCACAGGACUUCCAUGUGGUCACCAAUGUGAACAUGCAAAGCGUGUGGAAGUUGCUGAACCCUUUUCCAGAUUUUGCUGCUGGGGUCAACAACUUCAAGCCCCCCACAACUUGUGAGCAAGAUGGUAAGAAAUCCAUAAUCAGAAUGUGGAGCCAGUCCUAUAGUCGUGGCACUUUGUGAUGCUUUAGGGUAGCAGUUCACUGACAAUAGUUGGGAGCCUUCAUGAAAUUUCUCGUUCAGGUAUUCCUGGCCCAAUCCUAGGCCUUCUACUAUUGCUUCCAUCAGUUGCAAAGCCACCAUCCUUACUUCAGAAGCAUACUUUCCCAUGUAUUUCCUGGUUUCAGUAAGAAAAAAUGGGUCAUAUCAAUUCUUAGAAACAUGUUCGGCUCAUUUUUGUAGUUCUGGUUUGUAAAACGAUUUUUUUACAUAAAAAAACUGUUUACCUGUAGAUUGGUGGUUGCUGUGGCCAAUAUUGAAUCCAUUCGCUGAGUGGAUGGGCAUAAUGCUUUAGGAAUGCCCGGGACAUGCUAAUGCUAUCUUUUGAGCUUGUAUCAUAUCUAACAGGUCGUCGGAGGUCCUCCGAUGCAAACUUUUCCUUUGUCUCACUUGGUAGUUUGAAGAAAUCUGAAGCUGCUUCAAGAGCACAAUCCAUGACAGAUUGACUGAUCCCAUGGUUUAUAACCUGCAAAAUGGAGCAAUCAUCAGAGAUUAGGAAAGGGAAAUAAGCUGUCUUUGUUCUCUUAUAGUUUAGGAUCUGGCAAUGAUUUAUGAAAAGGCAAUAGACCAAGUUCUCUUCUGAAAACAAAAUUUGGCAUCACACCCUAAAAACUGACCACGACAGACGGGACAUUUUACAAUCUGCCAUCCAAAGUACUUAAACGAUCUACCCUGGAGUUUGUAAUGGAAAUUCUAGCCAUUGUGAUGAAAACUGAAGGGCAAGAUUGGAAUUGGAGUUCUUGUCAACCUGGAGCCGGUCCUCCUCACUUCCAGUACUUUCAGUUCAGUAAAACUAGCUGAUUGACCCAGUCAAUUGUCAAAGGUUCUACAUAUACUCCAAAUCUCACACAACUUAAAGCGUCAGAAUCUUAAUUUUUGGAGCCAAAAGUGUGAAUGUAGUUCAUGAAACAAUGCAGUUGACUAGAGACAAUGCUUGUAUCAUAAUCAUCUGGAUGUACUAACAGUGAGAUGAUAUCAGAGCUAGCUGCUGGGUUCAAAAGAAGGUCUGAUGUCAAAGCUUCUCAAGCUGUUUAUCUUCUGUAGAAUGGCUUCAAGAAUAUGUUAGUUUGUCAGUUUUUGCCUUGGACAAGUGACAAGUAAGCUUACUCGGUAUACUUCAGCAGAUGUCACAGGUGGCAAUAUUAAUUAUCAGUCUCAGACAAAGGAAAAGGUCAAGGCAAAGACAAGGAAAGGACCAAAAAAAAGUUAUGCAGUGUUCUAAAGGAGCAUACCUGGAAGUACCCUAGAUCACGGCAUGCUUUGGCAAUAUCAUCAACCACACGGCAUCGGGUUGCGGAAUCAAGGCUGAGGUGGCCGAGGUUGAUCACCGGCAUUGGCUGCGGAUGCAGGUCAUCCGACGGGAGCAGCUCCUGAGGGACAGUCCUUGACAAGUCAGACAUGUUGGCUGACAAACCACAGCACCAGACACAGAGAGGUCAAUCUACUAUUCAGAAUCAGAACAUGGAAUGGGGUACAACCGUUGUGACUCCAUCUACUUAUAGGAUGCUGAAAUCCCAGGUACGUGAGACACCGCCUCUUGGCUUUGCAGUGCUUGCUCCUUAGGAAUGAAAGUAUAGAAGCGUACAUACACCUGAUGGUCUUCACCUGGACCGUGCUUUGCUCCAAAGGAGAGGUCAAAGCAUAUACACGUCGGGCCAAUCGUCAGCAUUCUGGUCCAGGAGAAGGUCCUGGGCUGGCGCUGCAUGGACGUUCCUGUUGGGCUGUGCACCAUGCAAGUAAAGAAUUGCAAGCAUCAUAGGCUGGAUAGAGCUCCAGCUCCAGGCCUCUCACUCUGCCGCUUUUCUUUGAGUUCUCCAUAGCGUGUUAACAUCGCGGCGGCGGCGGCAGCAUGCAACUGGUGUUUUCUUAUGACCCAAGGUUCACGUGGAUAAUAUUGUUUGGGGGCGACUUGUUUUGCUGAUGUUGCUGAAUUGUUGCCCAGGGGGUUCUCAUGUGGGCAUAACGCCUAAAUGAUUCGUCAGUUAUAUAUGGUGUUGUGGCACAGUGGCACUGGUCCCAAAAAGGGUGCUCUUGGCAUGGUGUGUGUUGACUACUUGACUGCGAGGGGGAGCAUGGUGGUUGAUCUCCAGCCACAUGAGCAGUCGGACGAGCGGUUUUGUGCAGGGUGCUGACCCCUGUCCAGGUUCAGGGUGUUUUGAGUUCGAUGUGCUGACACUCAUGAGAUCAGGAAAUCAUUUACUAGAUGCUGGUGCAGCAGAGGACAGGGACCUUCAUGGGAGGCCGGUUUGUUUGUCAUCAAGGCUCGCGGCCGGUCUAGGUCGGCCCGCGUUUGUGCGCGGCCGGUCGGCUGCCGCCUGACGUCUCCGCCCGCGGGCGGUGGUGGUGCAGUGCACCGUGCACACAGCACGAGCCCCGAGCUCGCGGUCCGCCGGCCCGGAAUCCUGUGCGACUGGGGUGGAUGGCAUGGAUCAUGGGAGCCGAUGGCUCAGAAGCACCGUGUAGCACGUCGGAAUCUGCGGCAGCAGGCAGCGCCCACGGUUUGGUAUUCUGGGUUACAGAUCCGGCUUCACUCACGGGUAGAUGAUCCGCUUAUGUGGGGAUUCAAGGGUUUUCCAACUUCAGAUGCAAUGCUUGGAAGGUGGGUGCUGACAGCAGAAGAUAUAUGCUUCAGGAAUGUAGUCAUGUCUUACGUGUUUCGACUUGGGAAAUGUGUACCAAUCACACGAGGGGGUGGAAUCUAUCAAGAACACAUGAAUGAAGCUCUUGACGUGCUUGUCAAUGGAGGCUGGUUGCAUUCAUUCCCUGAAGGAAAAAUUGCCCAGGAUGAUCAGCCAAUUAGAAGAUUGAAAUGGGGAACUCCCAGUCUUAUUGUCCGAGCACCAAUAACUCCAAUUGUUUUACCAAUUGUUCACUCUGGUUUUGAAAAGGUCAUGCCAGAGAAUUUGUUCUUUGGACGGCGACCACCAGUGCCACUCUGGGGCAAGAAGAUAGAUAUCAUCAUUGGAGAGCCAAUAGAGUUUGACAUGGCAAGCUUGAAGCAAGAGGCAGCAAUGGUACCCCACGAUCCAUCCUCUGUAAGGAAGGGGUGGCCGACCAUUACACCAGGUGGGCUAGACGAGGCUGCACAGAGAUGGCUUUACCAGAAGAUGUCAGAUAAGAUCCAGUCUGUGAUGGAGAGACUGCGGAAAAAACUUCUGAAUCUGAAGCAGCACUGAUCUUUUUGCUCUUCUUCUAUAAGACCAUGGUAGGUUUCUGUUGCUUUUUGCACCUACCCUUGGUUAGGAUUUAUUAACAAGCACUGGUUAUUUCAAUUUAUACACAAAUGGGUGAAUGUCCGUCACAACUGCCAAAAUUAUGAGCCAGAGCUAUUGGAAUAGAAUUAGAGUCCAGAUUGGUACAUGUGUUGUCUUUUAUGGGCAGUAGUUUUGAAUGAUUUCUUCAUUAUUUUACUAUCAACAGUUCAAGUGCCAAUUUUAUUGCGGCAUGAACAAAGCCUUCUACUGUUCAAUUGCAUAGAUCCUCUUUUUG